AUGGCGGUGCAGAACUCUGCGCCCGCAGAUUUGAUUGUUAUGGACCACAACUACGAGGAUCGGGUCUUGGAGAGACGACAGCUCAUGGCCCGGAACCCGAAUAUCGUCCUAGGGGCUAUUCCGCGGGGAAAGGCAUCUGUUGAGGAGCUUUAUUCGUUCCUGCUGUCGCAAUACCUGCCCCAGAGGUUCCCAACCAUGUUCUCCCUCUCCGAUGACGGCAAGAUCUUUCGAAACGGGAUCACCGGUGCUUCGUUUCCUACUCUGCCACCAGAUGACUCAGUUCAGGCACUCAGAAGACUCGGAGAGAUUAUUGAGGACGACAUGUUCCUGCUGCACGAAACCGAACAGGGCCACCGCAGCGUCGCAUACGUCUGCUGCUAUUGUUCUGGGUUCGACCCGUCACAAAAGUUGGACAAGCUGCUCCCUGAAAUCCACAAACCUGUGCCCAGCUACAACAAGAUCGGCCCGAGCAUGGACAGGUAUUUCAAGAAACUAGAAGUUGGCAAGAAUGUGAAGCGUGUGAAUUGGUCCGUCGUAGAUUCUCCCAUCCUCUUCAAUUGCAAAGGCAACCACGUGAACGAAGAAGACCUGGACCACGUAACUCGGGACGAAGACAUCGACAUAAGCAAGGCACGGAUACGGUGUGAGUUGCAGACAUUGAGCCGUCUCCCAAAGACCAGGGCUCUUUUGUUUUCCUUCAAGACACACCUGUACACCCUCGAGGAGAUCAAGUCCGAGGGACUUGGGCCGCAGCUUGCGGAUGCUAUCGACGGUCUGGGCAAAGGGAAUGCGCCUGGGAUGUGGCAAUACAAGGGCGCGCUCCGUCUGGGAAAGAAGGUCAAUGAGUACCUGCGGUCAUAA